AGUCUUCAUUGGGCUGCUUCAUCGCCAAGACGCACCUGAAUGGUGCUUUAGUGAAAAUUAUCGUGCAUAAGACUACAUAUAUAUGUAUUUUUUAAAGUUAGUGCCUCUUGUUGCGCGCCGUUGAUCAAGCCAGAUUAAUCAAAGUGAUUGUGAAUUUGCCCUAAAUAGUCCUGAAGAUAUUUCAAGUGGAAUUUUAAGUGCCAGAAUCACAGUUUUAUUAAACUUGUCCUCACCAGAGACUCUCUUGUGGUUAAUAGUGAAGUUAUUAGGAAAAAAGAAAAAAAAAUCACAAGCUCAAAAUGCAUUUGCAGCUACAACUACUCUUGAUGAUGCCAAUUCUUUUGGCUGUGUCAGCAGAAUCACCGGCCAUCAUGAAGGGCGAAUUGGUGUUCAGCAAGUGGCCAUCGAAAGGUCAAAUGAUCCCCCUAAAAGCCAUGAUGAUUAAAGUACGAGGACCAGCUAAAUUACCAUCCCAGAUCAUCCUCACAAAAAUCCCCUCAAGGCCCUCAAGACCAAUGCAGAAAAUCAUCCUGCCAUCUUAUACACACAUUAUGAAGCCAUCGGCAUAUGGUCUGAGGCCACCCUAUCCCACAUUUAACAAUUUGAAACCCAUUGUGUUCCACAGUUCACCACCAGGACCAAAUACAGGAGAAUACAUUUACGAGAAUCCCUUCCAUCCGCCAAUAGGUUUUAUGCCCCAACAGUCAAAUGGUCCAAUUCACACGAUACCAGCGCCCAAUUUGUCUCCAAUUGGACCUUUGGCGCCCAUAGCUCCCAUUCACAGUAAUCACAUAUACGAGGCACCAACCCCAACGAUGAGACCCUACUACCCACCAGUCAGGCCCGUGAGCGUGAAGCCCUACCAGGUGACGGAAGAGCCAACCAACGAUCUCACCCUACACGAUCCACAAUCCGGCAAGCAAACCUACUAUGCCCCGGAUCCGGAUCCCAGGCUACCUGUGGCCAAGGUGCCCAUCGAAACCAGCCACUUCGGGCAGCCCAGCAAUGGCAAACCCCUGCCGCCCGAUGUGGCUUAUACACAUGCCUCCAAAUACCCCGAACACUCCACAUCUCCCUCCGCGGCUACCCAACACAUUCUGCAGUACGUGAAGCUGGGCACCAGGCCCAUCUUCCCGCACAUGCAGAAACAAGUUGCCCAGCAAAUGUCAAUGCUGCACGGAAUGCCAGACUCCGUGUACAAUCCCACAUACCUCGUGACACAGUCCAAUAAUCUCCUGCAGCAGCACCAGCAGCAUCUAUUCCGGCCAGAUCCAGCCUAUGUAGCCGACUACCAGCAGCAGCUACGCCAUCCUCAGUCACACCUCACACAAAAUACCGUGCCAGAGACUUACAAUGCCGCCAGUCCGGGUCAAAUCUACACUGCACAGCACGAUCAGCUCCAGCAUCAGCAUGAACAGACGCAGCAGGAUCACGACCAAUAUCAAUAUCAACAGAACCAUUUGCAACCUCAGGACAAUACAGCUGCUUACAAAGAACUUCUGAACCAAGCAACGCAGUACUUCCAGAAUGGUGCCUACCUCAAUUACCCGUCUUCAACGUCAUCUACCCGAGCUCCCUACGUCGCCGAAUCAGCCCCUACGCCUGCCUUCUACUACGCUCCUGAUCUAGCUACGAAGCAUCAAGAGCAGAAUGCACGAAUACUCGAACAGGCAAAUGCUGAACUAAUGGAGAAGGGCUAUUCGGCUUUCCAUGACGAACCAGAAGCCUCACAUUCACAUCAACGAUCCGUCAUUGCAGAAAAAAUAAGUCCCGACUCAGAAAAAACAAUGAGAAUCUACGUGCCUGAUGAGGAAUUCACGACUGACACGGAACAGGUCAAGCUCCAAAGUCGCUCAGAUGACUCUACCGAAACUGAUUCAACAACCAAAGACAGUAAAACAAACGCCGACCAAGAAACAUAGGAUCCAACUAGAGAGGAAUGAUCCUCCUUAAUUUUUAGUGCAAUCCACUGUAGAACCCCAAAAAAAAACAUUCUUACUCUCAUGUAAAAAGUUCUACACACAAUUCCCUUUCUUCCAUUCCCAGUAACUUCUUCCUCUUGUUAAAUAUUUUUGUUAUUUAUUGUAAGGACCGUGGUGAUUCAAAAAGAAAACGAUCAUCAACAACAACAAAAAAAAGGAUGAUAAGAAUAUAAUAAUUCUACUAGCUAUUUUUUUUCACGAUCUCUGUCUCUAAAACUGAAAUACAACAGAAACAUUCCCGAAAAAAAAAAAACAAUUGCGACAAACUGUCCGGAUUCUCUUCUGGCACAAGAUUGGCGCACAGAGAGAGACACGCAACCAAUUGUGAAAAAUAAAGUGAUGGAUGAUACUUAUAAAAA